AUGAACUCGCACACACAUUUUGAUCCGGCCACCAUGAUCGGUUUGGCCGGCGCCUCUCCCGGGAGAACAGAAGAUAAUUUCGACAUCUUCGAAUGGUACCCACGUUAUCAGAGUUGUCAACGAUACUUUUUGGAUCAUGCCCAGCAUAGCGUGCCUGUCCAGGCUUUAUCUGCCUUCCUUAAUAUCCGACUACCCUUUCAGCGCCAACUCAACCCUGUCUUGAACUCGAACCCUACAUCCGAUCCAUCAGCAGCACAAGCCGGCCAGAACCCAGCCGGACCUCCCUCCAUCUCAUUAAUUCCUUACAUCCGCCGACUGGUUGCGACAGGGAUGGACUUCCCGGGAGUACUCCAUGGAUUUUUUGGAGAUGAUUGGGGCAAUGGGGUUGGACCAUUACACGAGCAAGAACGCCGCAACUACCUGUUCGCUGCGAAGAGUGGAGGUUGGGCUUCAGUGAAGAAAGACUACGACAUGUCACCAUUAGAAACGAUCCCAUUCCUUCGCCCACUACAAGGACCAUUGGACGCCGAGAUUGAAGCCGCCGAACGCAGCUGGAGCGAAUGGCUUGCGAUGGAAGACUGGAUGGUUGGACCACGCGCGCCAGAUAUUCUUCAGGACUCAUCGUCUCAAAACUCACGGCCUCGAAGUUCACGAGGCUGA